AUGCUUCUCCUCACUUCCUUGAUCGCAUCCCUUUCCUGCCUCUGCCACCUCGUCGCGGCUGAGCAGACGCUGCAUCACUUCCACUCUCACCGCCAUCAUGACCUGGAGGCGCGAGUAUUGAACAUUGCGCAGAGCAACGGCAAUUGGCUGACCCUUGAUGAGCUCACCGAGUACACGAGCAUCGACAAGACGGUAAGAGAUGCUGUCGAGGCUACGCUUGAGGGGAGGCAAUACAAGUGGAACAAGCGGGGCAACAUGCUGAGCGUCGAGGUUCACACACGCUACCUUCACAUCUCUCGCAACAUGUCCUCUUCUCCUCGUCGUCAGCUCACAAGCUCCAGCAGCUCCUCCUCUACGCCGCAUCGCCCCAUCCUGCUGCAACGUCACCAACGUAUCCCUCAAUGCCUCUCCCAGCUCUACAACUUCGCCAAUGUCACCAAUUCCACCCGUCCCGACGACCCUAGCAUAGGCAUCCUCGCCGUCUCUCGCUCCCCCGCAACACGCGGAUUUCGCCAAUCAGACCUCGACCUCUUCCUCUCGCGCUACCGUCCAGAGAUACACGACUUCAAGCCCGCGGCCAUCGAGAUCAAUGGAGGCAAGUAUAGCGAGGACAGCGGGAGCGGCGAAUCUGCGCUCGAUACUCAGCUCAUCGCGGGCUUGACGGCGCCUACGCCUAUACGAUUCUACGUGACCGGCGACUAUGACAAGGACAUGUUUGCUACCACGUUCGACUACCUGAUGGAGGAUGAAAAAGGGCCCGCAGUAUUCGCAAUGGCGUACGGCUUGACGGAGAGGACGAUAGCGACAAAGGAGGCAGCGCAGGCCAUGUGCGAGACGGCGAUGCACCUUACUGCGCUAGGCACGACGUUGGUCGCUGCGAGCGGCGAUAAUGGGGUCAAUGGCGCCACGGUGGGGCCCAAAGACUGCCCACCAUUCAUCCCUACAUACCCGAAUGGCUGUCCCUACAUCCUCAGCGUGGGAGCUACCUACCACUUCGACCCGGAAGUCGUGCCCGACAAGAAGGAGGUGGGAUUCUGGGGUGGAGGCGGAUUUUCGCGCGUCUUCCCUAGACCGGAUUGGCAGAGUGAGGCGGUGAGCAGCUACGUCAACAAGAGCGCCUUGCCUCGCGAAAACUUCAAUGCUGCUGGCAGAGGGUAUCCUGACGUGGCGGCUCAAGGGUCGUUGCACCGUGUCAUCUUGGAUGGCAAGGAUGCGGUGGGUGACGGGACGUCGGCAAGCGUCAAUACCCUAUGGUCGCCCUCCUCAAUUCCGCCCGCAAGCGCGCAGGCAAAGGAACGGUAG